AGUAUAGUUUGAACUUUGAAGCAAGAAAGACUCUUGCAUAGAUUUAAAUUAUCGUUUUCUUAAUUUUUAGAUUCAAAGUCGAAAACUUGAUUGAAGUUCUUGAAUUUCACAACCAUGGAGACCGGCAUCUCCUUUUACACACAUGGGACAUUUCUACCCAAUGUCUCAUCUCAGCGUUCCAGUUCAAUGGCGUCUCCAACUUCACUCUCUCGAUCCUACACUUCUCGGGGACUGAAAUCAAGCACCCUCUUUGGAGAAUCAUUGAGAACUGUGUCGAAUUCUUCACUUAAAGUUUCAAAGAUGAAGAACCCUCCAUCCCUUGUCACUAGAUGUGAGAUUGGUGACAGCUUGGAAGAAUUUCUUACAAAGGCAACUCCAGAUAAAGGCUUAAUCAGGGUAAUGAUGUGCAUGGGAGAAGCACUCAGGACCAUUGCCUUCAAAGUGAGGACAGCCUCUUGUGGAGGAACAGCUUGUGUGAACUCUUUUGGUGAUGAACAACUUGCAGUAGACAUGCUUGCAGAUAAGCUUCUCUUUGAGGCCUUGACCUACUCACACUACUGCAAAUAUGCUUGCUCUGAGGAAGUGCCAGAGUUGCAAGACAUGGGAGGACCUGUUGAAGGUGGAUUCAGUGUUGCAUUUGAUCCACUGGAUGGGUCAAGUAUUGUUGAUACAAAUUUCACUGUGGGUACUAUCUUUGGUGUGUGGCCUGGCGAUAAAUUGACGGGAGUAACUGGCAGAGAUCAAGUCGCUGCGGCCAUGGGGAUCUAUGGUCCUCGUACUACAUAUGUUCUUGCUCUCAAAGACUGUCCUGGCACCCAUGAAUUCCUUCUUCUGGAUGAAGGCAAGUGGCAACAUGUUAAAGAUACCACAGAAAUUGGUGAAGGAAAGAUGUUCUCCCCUGGAAAUUUAAGAGCAACAUUUGACAACCCUGACUAUGAUAAGCUAAUCAACUACUAUGUAAAAGAGAAAUACACAUUGCGGUACACCGGAGGAAUGGUGCCGGAUGUCAACCAGAUCAUUGUAAAAGAAAAAGGUGUCUUCACAAAUGUUAUAUCUCCCACUACCAAAGCCAAGCUGAGGCUGUUAUUUGAAGUAGCUCCUCUGGGAUUCUUAAUAGAGAAAGCUGGAGGCUACAGUAGUGAUGGCAUCCAGUCUGUGCUGGACAAGGUGAUCGUUAAUCUUGAUGACAGAACACAAGUUGCUUAUGGAUCCAAGAACGAGAUUAUCCGAUUUGAAGAAACUCUAUAUGGGUCCUCAAGGCUCAAGGCCGGUGUGCCUGUUGGAGCUGCUGCAUAGAGCCUCAGAGUGCAUUCCCGUGUUUUAGUGCCUUUUCCCAAUCAAAACUCAAAAGCUAUGUUGUAAUACUGUAUGAUCCAUCAGUGUGACUCUGAUACAGAACCACAAGACUGAAUGCCUAAAAUGGAUGGAUGAAACAAGAAGGAGCCCUUAUUCUUUAAUCUCCAGAUUCUGUACACUCUACAGUGUAUUCUGAAAUACAUGUUCUAUAAGACUGUCAUUGGUUGGCACAAAUUUUUUCAACCU